AAGUCCUGAGGCCAGAUCAAAGUAGGUGGCCCCGCGAAAGGGAAGCGGGGCCCAUGACUGAGGGGGCCCGGCCCAGAGGGGUAUCCCAAGGUGCAGAAAUUAAGAUCCAGAUCCAAGAGCCCGCACAGAGAACCCUGGGGACACCAGCCAGGAAGGGCAUGCGCUCAGUGCUCAGGGUGUCCCAGCUACUGCUCAGGGCCAUCGCUGGCCAACGGAGGCUGACUCUGACACAGCUCAAGAAGAAGCUGGGAAAUGCUGGCUAUGAAGUAUGCCGGAAGAUCAAAGGACACAACCGGGAAUCUACCAAAUCUGAGAGGGGUACUCUUCUGCGGGUCAGUGGCAGCAAUGCUACAGGCUACUUCAGGGUUUGCAAGGUUCCUAAAUCGCGGAGAAAUGUGGGACAGUCCGGGCUGGUGCUGGGCCGCCGCUCUUCAAGGAAGACCCUGCUCCAAUCCCAAUCCCGACCCCAAUCUCGAUCACUAAGACCAUGCAGACUCUGCUCGCCUCGCAAGGCAGCCAAGAAGGCCAGAGAAUUCUGGAGACACAAGUCUAGGACUUUGAAGGCGAAGUCCAGGAGAACAAGAUCAACGAUCUGGGCAAGAGUCAAGUCAAGGGCCAGGUCAAGAGCAAGGUCUAGAGCUAUGGACCAAGUGUGUGCCAGGGCCGAGGAGCAGGCUUGUGCCAGGGGUAAGGAACAGGCUCGUGCCAGGACCAGGACACAGGAGUGUGUCCAGGGCAGGGAGCAGGAGUGCACCAACGCCAGAGAAGAGGCACAUAUGGGAGCCAGGAUGCAAACCAGGGCCACGGCAAUGGAAAAUAUCAGAGCAGGACCUUCAAGGGAAGACGGCAGGUCUCGAUCUAAAAAUGAGAGCAGGCCAAACUCGAAAUACAGGAACAAGAAGAGGCAGGAACCAGAGAGGGUGGUAAAACGAACCAUCCAGAAACCAGCUGUGACCAAAGCUGUCAGUGUUUCCAGCCAACAAGGAAAAGCACGCACCAAGCUUUCUGCGAAAAGCAAAGGUCCUGAGUGCUCAAGGAAUCCUUAAUGCCAAAGCUGUUUUCUGGGCGCUGUUUCUUUUCCAGACAGGCUCCAAGGAGAGUAACUCUCUUUCAUUGAAGCUGUUUACAAGA